AUGGAGUUGAAGAGCGCGCGAGCCACCGCCAUCGUCGUCCUAGCCCUAAUGCUCGUCUUUCUUGCGGAAACGAGCUCCGCAUUGUCGUACAAGCAGUGCUACGAGGCCUGCUACCACCCGUGCAGGGCCAACGGAGAACCGAGGUGGAUUUGUAAAAUAAAAUGCUUCACCACCUGUCUCUCAUCUUCAAGUGUUGCCGGCAAAUGCUACGAUUCGUGUUUCCGCUCUUCAUGCAGCCAUUCUGGUAACUCAGAUGAGAAGGCGAUGGGUAAGUGCAUGGACAAAUGCUUCAGUAUGUGUGGCAAACAGUGA